CCUGGCGACGCAGAGAUCUUUUGCGCGCGAGACGAGUUUCUGCGCGCUCCGCGGAUGCAAUCGCUGUGCUACAUUUCUUGCAGCGUGCGCUGAGACCGAUUGCACACAACUCGGUAGCCCUCUCUAGAAGCCCGCUGCGUCGCGACAAUGAAGUUCGGCAGCACUCUCCGCAAGAGCGUGUACCCCCCAUGGAAGGCCCAGUACAUCGACUACGACAAGCUGAAGAAGCUGCUCAAGGACAACGAGGACGAUGACAGCUGGACCGCCGAGGACGAGAGCGCGUUCGUGGACGAGCUCGCCAACGUGCAGCUCGAGAAGGUGCACAACUUCAUCAUCGACAUCUCGCAGAAGCUGCGCGACCGCACGUCGGCGUGCGAGAAGAAGCUCGAGCCAUUGGCCGUCGGUCUGAAGACGGACGACCAGGAGGGCAAGGAGGGCAAGGAGGGCAAGGAGGCCCAGGAGGGCAAGGAUGCCAAGGAGGCCAAGCAGGGCCCCAAGGCCAGCAGCAGCACCAGCGGCAGCGGCCUCUUCUCCGACGUGGUCAAGCACGGCGAGGCCGCGAAGAAGCGGCCGGAGCUCAGCCGGGCGGAGCGCGAGAAGCUGCUCAAGGACGUCCUGGCCGAGCUCGACAAGGUCACCAAGGAGGUCAAGGAGCUGGAGGGCUUCAGCCGCAUCAACUUCACCGCCCUCAUCAAGGCCACCAAGAAGCACGACAAGCUGCGCGGCAAGUCGUACAAGCUGCGGCCCUUCAUCGAUGCGCGCAUCGCGAGACACCCGCUGCACACCGAGGAUGCCUCGCCCCUCCUGUACCGGCUGUCCGCCCUGUACUCGUUCGUCCGCCAGAGCCUCGAGGGCAGGAGCAAGGAGGCUCUCUCGUUCUCCGAGAGCAGCACCGCCGCCGGCGAGGGCUUCCGCUCGUACAAGUUCUGGGUCCACAUGGACAACCUCUUCGAAGUCAAGACCGUCAUCCUCCGCCGUCUGCCCGUCCUCGUGUACAACCCCCAGUCCGCCAGGGUGGCCGAGGGCACCCAGCGCGACCCCACCAUCACCUCCAUCUACUUCGACAACCCCAACUUCUCCCUCUACUCGGACAAGGUCAACGGCAAGGAAGACGCUUCCUCGCUCCGCUUGCGCUGGUACGGCCAGCUGAGCGAGAAGCCCGAGAUCAUGUUCGAGAAGAAGGUCAUCAAGGAGGGCAACGCCAGCGAGGAGGUCCGCUUCCCCAUCAAGGCAAAGUACAUCCAGUCCUUCCUCGAGGACAAGUACCACAUGGAGAAGAGCGUCGAGAAGCUCGAGUACAGGCCAAACAAGGACCAGGCCAAGAUCGACAACCUGAAGAAGGCGGUCGAGGAUAUCCAGGGCUUCAUUCGGGAGAAGGAUCUCCAGCCUGUGCUGCGCGCAAACUACACGCGCACCGCUUUCCAGAUCCCAGGCAACGACAGCGUGCGCAUCUCGCUCGACACCAACCUUGCUCUGAUCCGCGAAGAUGCGCUCGACAUGGACAGGCCGUGCCGCGAGCCCGACGACUGGCACAGGCGCGACAUCGACAACGCCAACAUGGAGUUCCCCUUCAGGGCCAUCAAGAAGGGCGAGAUCCACAAGUUCCCCUUCGCCCUGCUCGAGAUCAAGGUCAAGGGCGUGAAGAAGUACGAAUGGGUCGAGGACCUCAUGCACUCCCACCUCGUCAAGGAAGCCCCCCGCUUCUCCAAAUUCGUUCACGGUGUGGCAAGGCUUUUCGAAGACAACGUCAACACCUUCCCCUUCUGGCUCAGCGAAGUCGAGGACGACAUCCGCAAGGAGCCCGAACAAGCCUUCGACGACGAACAAGAACGCAAGCGCCGGGCCGCCGAGGAUGAGUUCGCUGUCGGCUCCCUCUUCGGCACAGCAGCGAGCCCUUCGUUCCGCCGCAGCGUCACCUCCCCUGUGGGCUCGCCAGCAGCUGCCCGCUCCGCCCCUAAGAGAGGAAGCGCUGCCCAGGUCGCGCCCAGCACCGCCGCGCACUCGAUGCCCGUCACCCGCCUCCCCGCAUCGCACCGGGAACCGGCCCGCGCAAACGAGGACCCUGACUCGGACGAGGAGGGCACAAGCUUCGCCUCGCCCUACGCCAACAACGGCAAAUCCAACGGCCUCGCCAACCUCUUCCCGUCCUUCUCGACAAGCAAAUACGCGAAGAAACAGCAGCGUCGUGUUCAGCUGCCGCCUGGCAUCUCUGCCCCCGGAGUAUGGAUCAAAGACCAGGGCCCCGUACGCGUAGAAGCCAAGGUCUGGCUCGCGAACCAGCGCACAUUCAUCAAGUGGCAGCACGUCAGUGUGCUCCUCGCCUCGCUCUCGCUUGGACUGUACAACGCCGCUGGCGAGGGUAACAACAUCGCCCGCGCGCUAGCUGUGGUGUACACGAGCAUCGCGGUUUUCGCGCUCGCGUGGGGGUAUACGAUGUAUUGGUACAGGAGCAAGUUGAUCCGCGAGAGGAGCGGCAAGGACUUCGAUGCCCUGACUGGGCCGCUGGUUGUUGCGGUGGGCCUGGUGCUCGCGCUGUGUUUGAAUUUUGGGUUCAAGUAUCGCGCGCUGGUGGAGCAGAAACACGCGCAUCACCACGGACACGCAAAUGGGACGUUUGUGAGCGAGCACAUGGAGCUGAAGCUCUAGGCGGUGCUGUUGUGUUCGGAAGACAAUGGCUGGAUGCUGGGCGGAAUUGUUGGUUGGAAUGUCUCGAAGCGCGACCCGAUGCACCUCGGAUGUCCUUUUUUUGUUUUUUUCGUGGUGGACAGAUGAUGUUGGACAGGAAGUCGGGUUGUACAAGUCUGUACAUCAUUAUAUCACAGGCACACGUUUGUGGCCGCAUUGCUGUAGUACUAUUUCAGAAGCUAUGCUCGUCUAU